AUGGCUGUUGGCAAUGACCCCUCCUCACCAGCCAAAUGUUGGGUGUUCCAGGCCAAUCGCCAGAUGAAGGCCAUCGGCCAUGACAUAUAUCAACAUGUGCAUGCCAUUGUGGAAAAUGCAGUGCAUGGACUCAAUGCAGAUCAGGUGCCUGCUCAAAUCCUCAUGGCAAACAGGUGGGUGCUUGAUGCUUUUGCAGAUGCCUGA